CAAAGUCCCUCUAUUUAUACCAUUCAGAGCCCCUUUCUUUGCCGAUCGCUAGGGUUUGGUUCAAAGUUGAAAUCUUUUGCUAGGGGUUUGUUGGAGUUUCGUUUGAGGAUUCGAGAAGAUGAGGACUGUGUUUUGUGGGAACUUCGAUUUUGACACUCGCCAUGCGGAUCUGGAAAAGCUGUUCUCCAGAUAUGGGAGGGUCAGCCGCGUCGACAUGAAAUCUGGGUUUGCGUUUAUAUAUUUUGAGGACGAACGUGAUGCUGAAGAUGCCAUAAGGGCUCUUGAUGGUGCACCAUUUGGUGAAGGCAGGCGCAGGCUGUCGGUUGAAUGGUCAAAGGGUGAACGUGGUGGACCCCGACAUCGUGAUGGUUCUCGGUCAAAUGCAGGUGGGCGACCAACAAAAACAUUGUUCGUCAUAAACUUUGACCAGCACCAGACAAGAACUCGUGACAUAGAGAGGCACUUUGAACCUUAUGGAAAGAUAUUAAAUGUUCGUAUUAGACGGAACUUUGCCUUUGUCCAAUUCGAAACGCAGGAAGAAGCCACUAAAGCACUGAAGUACACACAUAUGAGUCAGCUGUUGGACAGGGUGGUCUCAGUUGAGUAUGCUUUAAGGGAUGAUGAUGAACGUGACGACAGGCAUGGUGACAGGCGUGAGAGCCCUAGAAGAGGGGGAGAUUAUGGAAGGCGUCCUAGUCCUUAUGGUCGCUCCCCAAGUCCAGUGUACCGGAGAGGCCGUCCCAGUCCUGAUUAUGGCCGAGCCCGAAGUCCAGUUUAUGGCCGAUACGAUAAUCCUCCUGCUUUCGACAACCGAAGUCCUGACUAUGAUCAUUACCCAAGUCGAUCUCCGGUGCGAAGGUCCAGGACCUAAAAGAGAGAAAAAUUUGCAGGCAGACUUGCUGGGAAGUGAGGCUUCAACUUGGUUUUUAAGUAGUUCAAUCAAUGUUUUUGGAUACUUAGAUCAUCACCCUGUUAAAUGUGCCUUUCUAUGUUUCUCUGGUUGGUUGUUUUAAUGUUCUAGCUGCAAUUGGUGAGAUACUUUUGGUGUUUUAAACUUUUAAAGCUGGUGGUGGUUCUGUACAGUAUGCUAAAGUCAACCUGAAGUUUCUGCUUUGUUUCUGCCUUA